UUAGCUCUAUUUUUUAAGCAACUCUAAAGCAUCUAUCAAGUUCUAAAUUUGAAGCAUACAUCAUCAGAAGUAAAAAGAUUUAGUUUGUUUUCAUUAUGUUCUAACUUCCAAACAUACAGAUUGUUUUCAUUUCUCAGUACGCUUUUAAGUUUAAAGCAUGUAUCUAUCACAGUAUCACUAAAGCUUUAGUAAGUUUUCCUUAAUAUCAUUUUGAACUUAGUACUUAGAAUCUGCCACCUAUCGCCUGAAGUUCGUAUAAUUUAAGUUAUAUGCUAGCUAAUAUAUCAUAGUGAUUGAAAAUAUAUUGCUCAUGUCGUUUUGUGUUUAUGAAGAAAUGUGAUUAGUGGGGGAUUCAUGUAAUAGAUGUCAAUUUGUUUUGAAUUGGUUAUUGUUAUCAUCAGUGUCAUUGUGAUUCAUUCAUUUUAAUUUAUGAGUCUUAUUUUUCUUUUUAAUUUGUUUGAAAGGAACGUCAUGUUUGAUAUUUAGUAAAAUUUUCAUGACUUUUUUUUUCUUCUUCAUUUUAUAUACUUGCCUUGUAUGACAUGACCAAGAUUACCAGAUUUGAGGCGCAAUCGGAUUAUAUUAUUGAAUCUAAAAUUUAAUGUAAGAACAUUCUAGAGUUUUUUUUCCCACACUGAACUACUUCAUCAACCAAAAUCCAUUUUUAUUCCUAUCAAGAAAUUGUCUAUUUCGGCCAUUAUUUCUCUGUUAAAGAUCUUUCCUUCUUCGCUUAGAUUUUAGAGCUAUCACCUCAAAUUUCCAUUCAGAAAACCCCUUUUCAAGCAGAAGUAAGAAUGUCGGCGGAGAAAAACGAUAUACCACCUUCACCUGUGAUUCCAAGCCCUUUGGCCCCGAUUUCACCUACAAACAGUAUUUGUGAUCCUACCAUCAUGGACGAUCAUCAACGCAGAGUUGGUGAUCGGACUUCUCUUGGUAGGAGGCACAAUUCAAGAAAAAGGGACUCCCCAGAUUUCUUUGUUCCCACCCCUUUCGGCCCUUCUCUACGAUUACACGGCCAGGGUUUACGACGUGGUCCAGGUCGCCCUCCGAAACAAAGAUUAGAUGAAAGUUCAGCCUCACAACCUUUGCGGCGUGGUCCUGGUCGUCCCCAGAGAAAGAGAUCAGUUGCGGCGACAAAUGCUCCAGAGGUAGUUCUCCCACCUCCUGUGCCGCCUAUAGGAUCAAACCAAAAUAUUCCUGAGCAAGUUUCGAUGAGCACAAAUUCAGAGCUAGUUCCCCCACCUCUUGUGCCUCCAACAGGAUCAAACAAAAACAUUCCUGAGCAAGUUUUGAUGAGCACAAAUUCAGAGCUAGUUCCCCCACCUCCUGUGCCACCAACAGGAUCAAACGAAAAUAUUCCUGAGCAAGUUUCGAUGAGCACAAAGUCAGAGCUAGUUCUCCCACCUCCUGUGCCACCAACAGGAUCAAAUGAAAUUAUUCCUGAGCAAGUUUCGAUGAGCACAGAUUCAGAUUUAGUUCCCCCACCUCCUGCGCAACCAUUGGGAUCAAUCAAUGAUACGCCUUCGCUGAUUCCUUGUGAUGAAGAGGAUGAUCAGAGAGAGACAAAUUUGAAGGUGAAUCCUUUAUCAAGACUGGAGACACCUAAACAAACACCUUCUUCCCAAAACCAAAUGCCUGAAAAGUCAAAAAAAGUGUUGACUGAUGAAGUCCAGUCUGUAUUGGUGUCUCGUAUCUCUUCUGGUACGACCACCAGUGUGGAUGACAUGGUUAACUUUGCCAAUGGUGCUUUCUCCACAUUGAAUUGGAUCGGUGAUGAUUAUGGGUCAUUCUACCAAGAUGUCAAGAACAUGAUUUCUUACAAAUAUGAUUUGUUCAUUGCAGAGAGAGAUGGAGAUGUGUGUUCUGUUUCCGAAUUGGAGAAACAACAUUUAGAUGCUGUUCUUCGUGCGUAUAAUAUUGAAAAGGAAAUCGAACAUACUCAAGCAAAACAGGAGAAGGAUAAGAAGAAGGAAAAAUCGAAGAAGCUAAUAGAAGAUGCAAGAGAAAUGAUUCAGCAAUUCCCUGCUUGGAACAACAGGUUGCUGCUAUUGAACAAGAUGAGAAGUGCAUGAAAGAUGACGAGCAAAAGCAUAGAGCAGCCCAUAGGAUUGCACUAGCUGAGGUUGGAAAAGUCAGUACCCAAAUCAAUGAAGCUAGAGCUGUGCAGAUGGAUGCUGAGCGGCGCAGGAAUGAAGCUCUCCAAGGGAUUGAAUCCACCAUGCGACGGCUACAGUCAUAUGUAGAAGAAAGAUAGAAGAGAAACAUGAAAUGAUGGUAAUGCACACUAGUGUUUAAGUCUCUAGUUGAACAUGUUUUAUAUUUUGGUAUCUAGCAAAGUAGUACCAAUUUUCAAUAAUUUGAACCUCUCUUUUAUAUUUUGCCUUUCAGUUUUGUUUGUGUGGUGCUUAGUAGACACAGUUACCCGGUAUCUAUACUGGUGAAAUGUAUCAGGUACUUCGUGGAAUUAGUCGAGCUAUGUCUAAGCUUGCCCUGAUAUAAAAAAAGAAUGGACCACAGCUUGGGGGUCUUUGUUGGACAAUGUAUUGGUGACAUUUUCAUCUACCUGCAAGUUAACUGUG